AAGUACCUUACUAUUUCUUUUACAUAAGGAGUAAAGCAAUUUAAAGAUGGCGGGGAACGAUAGUCAUUCGACAAGCUUUCAAAAAGCGUCAAACAACAUUUACCCAGGCCUCACAAGAGACAAGGAAGGCCAAUGGAAAGGGCCUUUUUGUUUUAUCCAAGCUGCAGACACUCAGCUAGGUUUGAUCGACUCAUGGAACAACGUACGCGAAGACAUGCAAGGGUGGGGAAAAGAAAUCGAGCUAAGCAAAAAGGCCAUAGCGGCUGCCAACCGAAUGUCUCCAAAACCAAGAUUCUUUGUUGUGUGUGGUGACAUGGUCAAUGCUUUCCCUUGGGAGAAGUACAACGAUCCGCAAGUAAAAGACUUUAAGGAUGUGUUUAAGGAGUUAGAUCCGACGAUCCCCUUGGUGUGCGUUUGUGGCAAUCACGACAUAGGAGACAAGCCAACUAAAGACUCCAUCAAGAAAUACAGAAACAAUUUCGGCGACGAUUUCUUCACAUUCUGGGUGGGAGGUGUAUUCUUUAUAGUCCUCAAUUCUCAAUACUUCAAGGAUGCGACUCAGGUAGCGGAGCACAAGCAGGAUCAGGACAAGUGGCUUGAACAACAACUCCAAUUUGCAAAAACUAGUAACCCUCAACAUGUUGUUGUGUUCCAACAUAUACCAUGGUUCUUUGGUUCUGCUGAUGAAGAGGAUGACUACUUUAAUAUUACAAUGAACACUCGUAAGGAGAUGCUGGAGAAAUUGAAAGCUGCAGGAAUUAAGUAUGUAUUUGCUGGUCACUACCACAGGAAUGCAGGGGGCUUUGAUGGAGAUCUGGAAGUUGUCGUUACCAGUGCUAUCGGUUUGCAGAUAAAAAAUGACAAAGACUCUGGGAUGAGAAUAGUCACUGUUCAAAAGAAUAAAAUAAGCCAUGAGUACUAUGAAUUAGAUCAUGUCCCUACUAACAUGAAAUUUAGACUUUGAGAGGCUAUUGGUGGAAGAUGUCUGAUGGCUAUUCAUCACAUUGCUGCUUGUCAAAGGAAGCUUGUGAAUGGCAAGAAUGAAGCAUACUAACAGAAAGCUUAAGACAUUAUGCUCAUUGUCCAGGACUACCUUUGUUCUUUAUGCUAAAAAUCAAGGUGACAAGGAUAUUACAUGAUGAAAGAAUCAUUAAUAAUACAGUAUUAUACAAUGCAAACAAUGAUCAUGAUAAAAGUCUUCAAUCAAAAGUAUUACAACUGAUUUAACUGCUAUGUGCAUUUAAUAAUUGCCAACCUUCACUAUUUCAUAGUGUAAUGUGACACUUGGUUACCAGGCCAAACAAGUUUCCAAGAUUUGCAGUGGCACAUUGAAAACAGCCAUCAAAGUAAAAGCUAUUUCAGUGGACUUGCUUUGGAGGGUUUAUCCCCAAACACUUUCUCAUAAUGGUAAUUAAUCAACUAGAGCCAUUUCGCCCAUGGUCUCUUUGGAUCAGUAGAUUUCUUCAAACUUAGUCAAAAUACCUCCUUACAAGUGUCCAGUCUGAUGUUUGAAUGUCAAAUCUUGGAU